AUGGCUACUACAAUUCCUUUUAGUCCAACAUCACAUCACCAACCUCGCUCGAAGAGCUUGCCUUCGAAACCGCACCCUUUAAUUCUACAAUGCAAUCAGCACUUGGCGAGUUUAGAGUCUUUAGAUGAAAUCAACACUUCAUCGUUGUUCGCUCGCAAGCUAACCGAUCUUCAAGCGUUACAUGAAUGCGUCGAAAAUUUGGUUUUGCUACCUCUUACUCAACAAGUCCUUGUUCAAGCGCGUCAAGAGAAAUGGAUAGACGAGCUUCUAGACGGGUCUUUAAGACUCCUUGAUGUGUGUUCUGUAGCAAAGGAUUCUCUAAUUCAUACGAAGGAAUGCGCGCGCGAACUUCAGUCGAUUAUGAGACGGAAAAGAGGUGGCGAAAUGGAGGUAACGGCUGAGGUGAGGAAAUUCUUGGCUUCUAGGAAGAUAGUAAAGAAAGCAAUCCUCAAAGCUUUGGAGAAUUUGAAAACUAAUGUGAAGAAAGGUAAAGGAAAAUCAUUAUCUCCUAGCAAUAAUAAGGAUCAUGAAAAAGUUACUUUGGUUAGUUUGUUAAGAGAUGUGGAAGUGAUUACUCUUUCUAUGAUGGAGUCACUUUUGAUAUUUAUCUCUGGACCGGCACAAUCGAAACCAAGUAACUAUUGGUCUUUGGUUUCGAAGCUUAUGAUGCAGAACAAGAAGGUUUCUUCCACGCAAGAAGGUGAUCAGAAUGAGUUUUCCAAUGUUGAUGCUGCUUUGCAGUCUUUUGUGUUUAAUGUGACAAGAAAGUCGGAAAAUGUCAAUCAUUUGCAGAAUCAAUUGGAAAAUUUGGAGUCUGUUGUUCAAGAGUUUGUGGAAGCACUUGAAGUUCUUUUUAAACGGUUUAUUAGGAUUAGAGUUUCUCUUCUCAACAUCCUUAAUCACUAG